ACCCUGGACAAACAUUUACUCUUGGGGAUCUCUCAAGCAACACUUGCAAAUAAAGACAAAGCAGACAGAACUUUUGGACGGUUUUCCUCGUGAGUUAGCAUGGCAUCUGCAGGAUUACAGAUCUUGGGCAUUGCCCUCGGCAUCAUUGGCUGGAUCGGGGCCAUCAUCACCUGCGCUCUCCCCCAGUGGAGAGUGACGGCCUUCAUCGGCUCCAACAUCGUCACGUCUCAGACCAUCUGGAAGGGCAUCUGGAUGGAGUGCGUUCAUCAGAGCACGGGCCAGAUGCAGUGCAAGGUCUACGACUCCAUGCUGGCGCUGGAGCGGGACCUCCAGGCGGCCCGCGCCCUCACCAUCAUCUCCAUCCUCGUCGGCAUCCUCGCCGUCCUCCUCGCCGUCGCGGGGGGCAAAUGCACCAACUGCAUCGAGGACGAGAGCGCCAAAACCAAAGUGUGCAUCACAGCCGGAGUCAUGUUCAUCAUUUCUGGCCUUCUGUGCAUCAUUCCCGUCUCCUGGACGGCUAGCAGCAUCAUAAGCGAGUUCUACAACCCAUAUGUGACCAACGCACAGAAAAUGGAGCUUGGAGCAUCGCUCUUCAUCGGCUGGGGGGCCUCCGCCCUCCUCAUUCUGGGCGGUGGACUUCUCUGCGCCAACUGCCCUCCCAAAGACAACUACAGCGCCAAGUACUCAGCCCCUCGAUCAACCGCUCCCAAGGACUACGUCUGAGAGGGCCGAGACAUUAAGAAGAGACUCUGAUUCAUUUCUGGGGAACAAAAUGUUUUGGACUCGUUGUGUUCAGGAUUCAGUCUGAUUUGUUUCAUCGUGAGGACGAGACGGCGGCCACGCCCGAUUAACUGUCACCGGGAAGCAGGAGAGAAAAUGACGACAGAUCCCUGGGAACAACUUUUCUUGUAUUACUUUAACUCAUAGUGUUAUGUUUUUUAAAUGCAUUUCAUUUGUUUUUAUUCAUUUCAUUAUUUUUUUUUUUACUGUUUGAAUUAUUCACUUUAUACUAGUUUCUGCCUGAAACUGUAAAUAAAGAUUUUUUGUUAUUAAUACUAAGAUUAAGUAAUCUGUUUGACUCGUUUUUGUUCAGAAAUGAAAUACUUAAGACAAACUCCAGAAACAAAAUCUCACCAAGUAGUUUUAAUCUAUUUUCUUGUACAAAACUAACCUACAGUCCAACUGACAGAUUAUUUCACUUAGGGGAAAAAUGUUAUAAGUGAAAUAAUCUGCCAGUGGAACUAGAACUGCGUUGCUAGGUAACGGGCAAGUCUUGGCUGGGGUUGUUAGGUAACGGCGCCGUGCCCGUUGAUUGUGAAUAAAGUGGAAUAAUCUACCCUAUUGUACUUUUUCAUCAAUAUUAAGGAAUUGUUCACUUAAAACAGGCUCAUAUCUUUCUGAAAGGUUACUUGCAAAUUAGUUUUGUCUUAUUUCACGUAAAUUUAAAAUAUCCGCAGUAGAAACUAGACAAAAAUACUUAGCGUGAUUUUGUGUUUCUGCAGUGUACCCUUCUGAGCUGAUCAAAUACUUUUUGGGGUAAAUUUCUUAGAUUUUUCCCUGAUCUGUUUCCAAUAAAAGCAGACCUACACUC